CUGAUUUAAAUAGUUUUCUUGAGAUUUUCCAUGCUUUUUUUCUAGGCGUUCAGUUCAAACAGUCAAAUAUAUGUAUUGAUGAUUAGAGCUUGCUAUUUUUUUUUUAAAUUUCAUUGCGUGAGUUUCAAAAGUGCUUUUAUUUUUUUCGCUUCUUAAAAUGUCGCAAGCUCGUUUCGCGACUUGUCUACCAUUGCCAAUGGAACAGAAAGUGUUGGUAAACAUCAUAGAGAAAGCCAAGGAUUGGGCACUGAUGCAUGGAGUCGGCAUGAGAGACAAAAAACAUUUUAACAAAGACACAAUUCAGAUAGCGCCAUUUGUUCUUCUCCCUUCACCAUUCCCCAGGGCAGAAUUUACCAAAGCAGUUGAGCUACAACCGGUUUUGAAUGAACUUAUGCACAAGGUCGCCCAUGAUGAUGAAUUCCUUGAGGAAACACUCCAAAACGCUCUACAAGUGGAUGAGUUUACAGCUAACCUCUACAAUAUUUGGGUGAAGGUUCGCACCGAGGGAAUAUCCCAGUCACUCAGCCUCGGCCUCUUCCGCUCCGACUACCUGAUGCAGAAUGCUGAGCGGAACGGAAUAAAGCAAGUGGAAUUUAACACGAUCGCCUCCAGUUUUGGCGCCAUCACGUCGUAUCUGCCCGCCAUGUCUCGCUACAUACUCCGUCAACUUGGGCAUUCCGAUCUGAUAAAGAAUAUGCCUGAGAACCGCGCGCUGUCGGGCCUCUGCUCGGGCAUCACGGAGGCGUUCGAUCUGUUCGGGGUUCCCACAGCCGUGGUGCUGUUUGUGGUUGAGGAGGUGUCCUACAACAUCUGCGACCAGAGGUUCCACGAGUUCCACAUAUCAGAGACCAGGCCGGAGAUACAGAUUAUCAGAAAGACCAUGAAUGAAAUUUACGAAGAGACAGAGCUGAAUGAUAAAAAACAACUAAUGAUAGACGGAAAACCAGUUGCGGUGGUGUACUAUAGAUCAGGCUAUGAGCCGGCGCAAUAUCCCUCCUGUCGCGAAUGGGACGCCAGGCUCAGAGUAGAGAGAUCCACCGCUAUAAAAUGCCCAUCAAUCGCUUACCAAUUAGCGGGCACCAAAAAGGUGCAGCAAGCGUUAGCUGUACCAGGAGUGUUAGAGAAGUUUAUGGGCGGAGGAACCGCUACGGAACGAGUGCGGGACAUAUUUACGGGACUGUACUCACUGGACUUUGACGAGAGUGGGGAAAGGGCCGUUGAAAUGGCACUGGAAGACGCCGAGAGGUUCGUAUUGAAGCCCCAGCGCGAAGGGGGUGGUAACAAUCUGUACGGGUCGGAUGUGCGUGAAGCUUUACUUAAGAUGCGUCAUUCCCGGGAACGCUCAGCCUACAUACUCAUGGAGAGGAUACUGCCGCCAUUGGUAAGCGGGUACGUUGUAAGGCCGGGGGCUGCGGUGCCUCCGCCUCUGACUGAUCUGGUGUCCGAGUUGGGGAUAUUCGGCGUCAUUAUAGGAACCAAAGAUAGAAUAUACUGCAAUAAGCAGGUGGGUCAUAUGCUUAGAACGAAACUGGCGGACGCCAACGAAGGGGGCGUGGCCGCCGGCCUGGGUGCCUUAGACUCCCCAUAUCUUAUAGAUCAGUAACAAUACCUUAGCAUCUGUAAAAAAUAUACCCUACCAUAUUGACCUGUAAUAUCUACCCU